AUGGCCGCGCGCAGCAGCACCAUGAUCCUGAGCAGAGCUCUCCGCUCCCAGUGCACACCACAAAUGCCCCGGACGGAAUUGCGGCUCUACUCAACAUCCGUGGAUGGGGAGAAGAGGCCCUCCAUUGUGGGGAACUUUUACAAAACUUUUACCCGACCCGUCCUCAAAGUCCUCCUUAUGGCGACGUUCACGUAUCAGGUCGCCUACUGGAGCUGGACGAAGCUCGAACAAGACGAGAUUCGCGGCGAGAAGAACAAGGAGAUUGAUGGUCUCGAGGCGAGGGUCGCAGAGCUGCAGACGGGGAAGGGGUCUGGGGAUCAGAGACAUGGCGGGUGA